UAUGACAGAGAUUUUCUUUCUGCGUGAAGUCCUAUUUCCACUUUGAAGAAUAUACUGUUUUUUGGGGGGGUCUAGAAAACUAACGUAUACAAGUUUUAUACAUAUUUUAGCUAAUCCUAUUUAAAAGGCACAGUAUCACCAGAAAAAAAAAAAAAACUGUUCAUGCGUAAAAAGCGACAUAAUGAGAAAGGAAGAAACGUUCAAAAACAAAAGUAGAUAGAUGGAUACUGGAGCCUCAGCGUGUUUGAAAAAGCAGUCCCCCACCUCUUCGCGUAGGAGGAUGCAGUCCACAGAGUGGGAUUCGUACACUGAGGACCUCACAGCCGCUCCCAGCAACGCGACAACAGGUUCCUCCAGGAAGAAAAGGAAACUCGAAGAAGCCGAGGCCAUGGACACAUCAUCAGACCAGCAAGUGAAUGAAGUUGCAGUUUACAGUCUGCAGGCUCCAGAGCCAAGGAACAGAGCUGAGUUUUUAAAAUAUUCCUGUCAGCUCAUACUUGACCCCAACACAGCAUAUAGAAAGCUCUGUCUGUCUGAAGGGAACAGAAAGGUGGCAUGGAGGGGAGAGACUCAGCCAUAUCCUGAUCACGCAGAGAGAUUUGACUACUGGAAACAAGUGCUUUGCAGAGAGGGUUUGUCUGGGACUCGCUGUUACUGGGAGAUUGAAUGGCGUGGGGGAGGGGUUUCUAUAGGUGUCACAUAUAAAGGAAUAGGCAGGAAAGGAUGGGAUGGUUCUUGUGUCCUUGGAUUCAAUGACAAGUCCUGGAGUUUGUUCUGCUCUGGUUCCAGUUACUCUGCCCAGCACAAUAACAAUGAAAUUGAAAUAACUGCCCCCAACUCCCCCAGAAUAGGAGUAUAUGUGGACUUUAAUGCUGGCACUCUGUCAUUUUAUGGAGUCUCUGACACAAUGACCCUUCUGCACAGAUUCCAAACAACAUUCACUGAGCCUCUCUAUCCUGGGUUUGGGCUUGGUUAUGAUUCCAUUGUAGCAAUCUGCCAGCUGAACUAGACUGUUUUGUGUUUUAAGGGUGACGGGACUGCUCAGUCUGACACAACUUUCUAUGUAAGUUAGGGGGUAAAAUGGCACCACCUGCAGAGUGAAACAAGGUGAAUUGUUUGUUUUUACACUUCAGGCCAAGGCAGCCUAAUUUCUACUGUUUAAUCUGUCAGGUUAAGGGGGCUCUCGAGUGGCGCAUCCAGUAGAGUGCAGGAUGCGCCCUAUAGUCUGGACGUCGUCGGUUCGAGUCCAUGCUAUUCCUUUGCCUACCGAGGAUGGGAGCUCCCAGGGGGCGGUCCACAAUUGGCCGAGCAUUGGCUGAGGGGAGGGAGGGUUAGGUCGGCCAGGGUGUUCUUGGCUCAUCACGCACCAGAGCUGUAUUGCCCAGAGCUGUAUUGUCCUUGACGAUGUAGCUGUUGGUGGCUGCAUGGUGAGACUGCAGUGUAAAAAAUGCGGUCGGCUGACGGCACACGCUUCGGAGGACAGCGUGUGUUCGUCUACGCCGCUCCCAAGUCAGCGUGGGGGUGGUAGCGGUGAGCUGAACUAAACAAAAAUAAUUGGACUCUAUUAAAUUGGGGAGAAAACAAAAAAAAAACUAAUUGACGACUACUAAAUUAAAAAAAAAACUGACAGGUUAGCGUUUUUAUAAUUGUAAACACACAAAUGUACAGGUGUUUCAGCAUAAAAUGUUCAGUAUAUCCUGAGUAUGUAUUGAAUACAAACACAUAAGUAGCACCAAGUGGCAGACUGAGUUGGCAUCUCUGCACAGUGCUAGAAUUCCCACAGCAUGUACAUAAGUAUCUCUUAAUGUGAUUGUAGCUAACUAAAUAAUUCUACAAUGUGUACCUAUAUUGCACUUCCAUUGGCUACAUAGCUCUCAAAUUUGCAGUUUUGAAAAACAUGGUAUUUGGUACUACUUUAGGUUAAAGAAAUUCUCAGUUUCUAUGCCUUAUUCUCCGGGUGCAUGUUUACUAUAGCAGGUGUUUCUUUCAACACUGCACAUUUGAGACCUAUAUAACGAAUGGAAUUACACAGCAGAUGAGAUUCAUGGAAUUAUUUUGACAGCUACAUCCGUGUUCAGCAGGACAGUUUGGGACAGUUCAAGCUUUUCAACUCACAAUGCAUUCUGGUCCGUUUUACCUGUCUCAGGUACCAUUCUUUCCUUUAAGAGAAGCAGUACUACGCUUACCAGAAUGCAUUGGGUUGUGAGUUGACUGUUAAUUGUCCCCCUGAACACUAAGCCAUAUGGCCACUUUACCUAUUAAAUAGCAGUUCAAAAUACUUGCCAUGUCAAUGGCAUGUCAGUAUAGUUUCUAGCAGAUUCCUGUAUACAGUAGAAUCCUAUUAGCUGAAUAGCGUUUGAACUUGUUGCUGAAGUUUAUGGUAACACUAUGGUAACACUAUGGUAACACUAUGAAGGUGUCAUUUUAAAUAGUUUAUUAACAUGUUAUAGAUGCAUAAAUAUGCACUGUACUGUUUUUAUAAUGCAUUAUAGAACAAGUAAUACAUGGCAGUAACAGCAUUUACUAAUGUGUUAUAAAUACUUAAAGAUAAGAUGAUAUAAGAAAUAUACAGUAAAUGAAAAUAUAAAACUAUAUAUUAGCUGUAAACAAAUCGGUACAAAUCACAUUACACAAAAAUAUUUGCAGUUAAUUGUAUGGGUCAUUUGUUUUGUAUUUUAAAUUAAUUUUACUAAAAAUGUUUGAAGGUUUUCAUUAUCUGUACAAAUAAAUGCACACAAGAUGCUUUUUAAAUUGUGCUGGAGGAAUACAGGACCAUUCCUCAAUGAUUACCAGCCUCUAAUUCCUUCAGGAUGCGUUGUAUUGGGGAUGGGAAUCUGCAGUCAAGUCAGAAUGGCCCAGAUAUUUGUUUUCCUGACUGCAGCUUGUGCAAAACAUUGCUGCCAGGGUUUUAACAAGAAGGAGAAGACAUGAUCACAUUGCACCGGUAUUGGCAGCCCUACGUUGGCUUCCUGUAAAGUUUUUAGGGUUGAUUUUUAAGGUCAUGCUUAUUACUUACAAAGCAUUAAACAGUUUGGAUCCUUCAUAUUUAAAUGAUAUUUUAAUCCCAUAUAUACCUAGACGAGCACUUUUCAACCUUUUUGAUUCCGCGGACCGGCUUUUAAAUUAGUCAGCUCUUUGCUUCCCGGACCCUAUUAAGUUUAAAAAAAAACACUUAAGAUAGCUUUGAAAUACAUUUUUAUUUCCAAAUAAAAAAUAAAAUAAAAAAAAAGAACUGUGAAACUUAACUCACCCUUGAAUUUGGAAGAAUUAGUUGGAAGAAUUGAAUGGCUUUUCCACAAAAUUCUUGUAUUUAGUGCUCAGGUGGUACAACAAUUUGGAAGGUUUCAUGACUUCAUUACUUAAAACUUCUCCGCACACAGCACACUGUGGCAGGGCACGUCUCCAUUGUCAUCAACUGUAAACCUGAACUUCAAGUAAUCGUCAUCUUGUGAAAGAUGCCUUCUUUUGUUUUUUUCGAGAUUCUUGUCCAUCAUCCUCUUCUGAAUCACUAUAGUCACGUUUCGCUGAAACUGGAUCCUUGGUUACCGCUUUGAGGAACUUGUCCAUCAAACACUUAGACAUAUUUUAAUUUAAAAUUAAAUUCAACAGUAAAAAUAAUAAUCAUUUAGUAAUCUGAAAGCAAAAAAAGAAACGCAAUAAAAUGUGUUUUUUUUUAUUUUUUAUAAUCAAGACAGGUAUUUCCACAGCUCACCGUUUUUGCUUUGCAUGAUUAAAUGGGUAGUUCAGCUUCUUGCACAGCGUCUAUUGGCAUCUCACUGCGUCUGCGCCCACAAGGUGUCAUGCAAGCGUGUGAGGGUGCCGGGGAGGGAGGAGGAUAUGCUGAUUGUGCUCCUUAGCUAAGCGACUGCCACAGUGUGUUUUGUGUGGGCAAAGUAUUUGAAACCUUCACAAUUUUUGCGCACAUUGUUAGGUACAAAUAGGCCGGUUGUGUCUGGAUAAGACUAAUACAAAUAUGCUGAUAACAUGUGUUUUAUGUUUUACAUAAAUAUAUAUUUUUUUCAAUUUAACCUUCCAAAAAUAACACAUUUUUCUUCCAGCGUAAUUAUUUUUGGCUCUGCGGUCCGCUACUGGUUGAAAAGCGCUGACCGAGAUGACCUCUGCGAUCCCAGGACACAGGAUUGCUUACUGCCCCUAAGAUAUCAAAAACGAACACAGGCGCUAGAGCAUUUGGCUUUAGGGCCCCCGAAUCAUGCAAUUGGCUGCUGUUUCCGUAAGGGAGGCACAAAGUGUUGCAGUUUUUAAAGCAUGACUGAAGACACACUUUUAUAAUCUGUCAUUCACAUCUUAAUAUUAAGUAAUGUUUGUACCCUGUAUUGUACUGCAUUUUAAUUGAUUUUUGUAUUAAAUGUUUUAAUGUUU